AUGAAUAAGCAGAGAGCAACAGAAGGCGAGGACCCCGUUAAGUUCGCUUUGUUGAGAUUAGAGUCAGUGAAAAUUGGCUGGUUUGAUAAUCAAAAGGAAAUUCAGAUCUUACCUCGGCUUGACACUCCGAUUCGGUUGAUGAAGACUGACCUUCCAAGGAUUGUUGAACUAGCUGGCGAAGCACGCAAAGUUGCGUUUUUACUACCAUUUGCAUUAGAAUACGUAUUCAGAACAAUGGGCCACCAUUACUUGACAACUGAAAGGGACCAAUUUAUUUCCAAGUACGAGAGAACCUUUAAUGCAUGCAUAGAGCCAAACAUUGAGGACUUCCUUAAACCUGAAAACCUGUACCAUACAGCACUACAUUGGAUAUCACCAGGACGGACAUGGCGAGUAUUACAAGCACUAUUAGAAAGUGAGAGACUUCCUGAUGCCUUCAAAAUUCGUGCUGAAUCUGCUCCGUCUGGUACUGCUAUCAUUGCAACAACUGUAGCUUGUAUGAAUGCCAUGGACUCAAAGGGCAUCACAAAGGCAGUGGAGAUGGCUUCAAACACGGACUACAAGGACAUUAAGGCGUACGCAAGGAAAUUAAAGGAAAACCCCGGUAAGUAUCACAAGGCAUAUUUUGCAUAUGGUAUGGCUGCGUUGGACCCUCAUGAGAAACUGGAACUUGAAACAAUGAAGGACAAGGCCAUUAUGUUUGCACCAAUUGCACAGGCAUUCAUUGACGUAUACAUGAGGACAGCAGAUAUGAAUAGGGCAAUGGCUCUCAAGAAGCAUGCAAUGCAAAAUCCUAUGCAGUUCAAUGAUUCCAAGGUAUUAUUCAAAGCGUGGAAACGCAUUGGUGUACAAUCCAUUUCCCAAGCAUUUGCAGGUAGUAUUGACGAAACUACAAUCAUCACAGCUGAAGAUAAGGCUGACAAUGAUAACAACAAUGUUGCUUAA